AUGCCUCUCCCAAGCCCAGCACCCCACGUUCAAGAGCCGGCAGUCGCACGGAACAAGGCCUGGAAGCAGCCCCCAAAACCGCCCGGCCGGCUGCGCUCUGCCUGCGACACAUGCCACCAGUGCAAAAUCAAGUGCUCGGGUGGCAGCCCAUGCGUGCCAUGCCAUGUCUCUCAGUCGAACUGUGUCUACAGCGUCACAAAUCGCCUCGGCCGGCCCAAGGGCAGCAAGAACAAACGGACGUUGUUGCAACAGGGAAAGGGGAGCAAUGGGGAAGCCGUCUCCGAGCGUGGACCCGGACCCGGACCCGGACCCGCGCCCGGGCCUGUAAACGACGACGGUCAGCAGGCCCUCCCCUGGAACGACGACCAGCGGCAAUUGCUCGACUUUGCCUCGGACCGCGCAUGCGACACCGCGUCGGCGCAUCAGAGCCUCGUCCCGGACCACAGUCCCCAGGCACUCUUCAGCCCAGACCUGACUUCUCUGAUGGAGUCAAUUGGUGUUGGGGAGGGCUCGGGCAUGGAUGCCAUGUUCAACCAUGGCCUUGUUGCGCCAUCACCACUCAAGCCUGGCCAUCAAACCGCAGUUUCCGAGGCGCCUCUCUCGUCCCAAGGCGGUCGCAAAAGACACGCCAACAACAGCCUCGUAUCAGCCAGCUCUGCCACAGGCGUGGCAAACUCACAGAGCCCGGUAUUUUCUCCGAGAGCUUUUCUAACGGGGGUACCCGAAUGUUUGUGUCUUCGGCAGCAGGUCAGGCUUGUGUAUCAGCUGGAAGACCUCCGGGAUUCACAGGCGGCCAGCCCAUCCGUCGACAGCGUCCUGCACGGAGUCCAGCUGGCCCAGGGCCCCUGGGACAGUUUCAUGCGGUGCUUGAGGUGCAGGGGCGAAGAAAACAACCGGUAUGUGCUCAUGCUGUUCGCCAUGAGCAUCCGCGUCCUGCUCUCAUCGGUCCAGAGGCUCCGCGCAGCCUACUAUCGCACCGAUAAUAUGCCGGGUGGCGCUGCAGAAACGUGGCAACGCUUUCCCGGGGCCCACGGGACCCCCGGGGUCCCCGACAUAGGAGUAUGUGUCGGCAGCUUCCAGCUGACGGGGGAGACCAAAAAUGAAGUCAUUAGUUUGGCCAUCCGCAGCGCCCUGCGGGAAAUCAAGGCUGCGUCGCUCUAUCUGUGGGAAUGCACGAGGUCGGGUUCGGAAUACAGCGAAUCCGAGAACAUGAGCAGAAGCAGAACCAGCAGCAGCGCCUCUCUGGAAUCUCUUCUCAGCAUCGACGGGAAUGUCAACACUGCAUCGACAGAGACAUCCAGAGAUUCGCUCACCCCGGAAAAUUUGGAGCUCGAGGAUAUCGAAUCUCUGCUGCACGCUCUACAACACAUCAUGGGCCUGAUGAAGGAGGAUUUGCGGCUAUUCGCUGAGGGACAAUGA